AUGGAUAAAUAAAUUAUUUAUUCUAAACAAUCUGCAGUUACAACUAAAAUAAAAAUUCCUCAUCGAACUACUGCAGAAUAAAUUUACAUAUCAAGACUAAAAGAAACAGAAGCUUUUAUUCCUUAAGAAGAAUUUAUCAAAAAAUAAUAAAAAAUCAAUAAGGCUAAAGAAUCUUAAUCAUAAAAACCUCUAAAAUAUUAUUCUCAUAUUAAUGAAAUUCGAUCUGUUAAAGAGUUUCUUUAUAUUUCAGAGAAGCUUAAACAAAAAAAUAUUGAAAGGAAAAUGAAUGAAAGAUUAGAAUUAAGAGGAAAGUUAAAUAAAAUUAAGGAAAUUGAAGUCUUGAAAAAACUUCAUUAUUAUUUAGAAAAAAAAAUAAGAUUAUUUAUCAAAGAUAGAUAACAUGAUGAAAGUAAAUAGUAUCUUUAUUUUUAGAUCCUUAGAUGAAAACUUUUGAAGCAUUUAGAAUCUCUCAUUAGGAUGACAAGAAAAUUAUGCAAUUUCCUUUAGAUUUGUAAAAAGAAAUCUUUUAAAAAUUGGAUAAUUAACCUGAAAUUAUUCAAAAACAACCAUUAAAACAAAAAAUGAUUUCAACUAAUUCAGAUUAGAAAUUAUAAAAAAGAAACUCUCAAGUUGAGUAAUAAAAAUUUUAUAUUUUACAUAGUUUUUUUAAUAGUGAGUUUUCAGAAAGUAUAAAUCAUAAUAGUAAUGAUGAAGGAACAAGCAAAUUUCUGACUUUGAAAGUAGCAAAUAAACUACUAGGAAUGAUGAUUGUAGAAUCAAGUAAAGGUAAAAGAUAACCGAUUAUUUGGGCUUAAAAUAAAAAAAAAGAAUUAGAAGAGAUCCUUAAUAAACCUUAUGGAGGAAAAAUGAAUUUUAAUGUGCAUUCUUUCAAUUGGUUGAUUGACAAUGCUUUAAGCAAAUCUUCAUCUCUAAUGAACAUUGAUAGAAGAUAAACUAAUCGAGCGGUCAGCAUGGAUGAAAGAGUUGAAUAUUAAUCACCUACCAAUAACUAUAAAGAGAUAUAAAACAAAAUUAAUUAAGGAAUAGAAUCAAUAAAUAAAACUUUUUAUACAAGACCAAAAUCAACAAUUGUUUCAAAGCAAAGAAAAGAACUAAAAAAUAGAAAAUAAGUUACAACUGAAUACAACAUUUCUGAAAGAAUAAAAGAAAAUGUCAUUUCAUAAGCUCUAAGAAAUUCUAACAUACAAACCCAAUAAAGAACUGAAAGUAUAUUCUUUCAGAAUGAUUCCUAUGUUAACCAUUUUAUUUGA